AUGGGCCGCGAAUUAACCAAGAUCGUGUACAAGCCCUCCGUGGAGGCCCACGAAGAGUACAUCGUCAUCGUGAACCCCCAAGAGUACCAGCGAUGGAAGGAGGGAGGUAUGACCAUCCCAUUAGCCGAGGUCGUCGACUCGUUUGACGUCUUCUGGUCGAACCAGGGAGCGCAGGGCAUCCUCGGGCGCCCUUCGAAGCAGCAGCUCGAGAACGACUUUGGCACGUCGAAAGACGUCGACGUCGUCACCGAGAUCUUGAACAAGGGCAAGCAGGAGUCUGGGAAGGGGAUCAGGACCGGAGACGGGGUGGCGAAUUUGAGCAAGGGCUCGUUCGCGGUCGAUACCAAGGGCCGGCAGUCGAAUACCGGCAUCUGA